GCUUUAAUGGAAGAGGAAAACAAUAAAGUUACAGUAUAUGGAAUGUGGAUUAGCACAUAUGCGAAGAAAGUGGAGUUGGCUCUCAAAAUUAAAGGCAUAGCAUUUGAUUAUGUGGAAGAAAAUUUGACCAACAAAAGUUGUCUUCUUCUCAAGUACAAUCCCAUCUAUAAGAAGGUUCCAGUACUGCUUCACCGUGGUAAGCCUGUUUUCGAGUCCCUUGUGAUUCUUGAAUAUAUCGAUGAAACAUGGAAGAACGAACCUCGAUUAUUACCACAAGAUCCCUAUGAAAGAGCCACAGUUCGUAUAUGGGCUACUUACUGCCUUCAGAUAUCAGAUACCAUUAAGAAAGCAUUCAUUUCAGCCAAAGAUGUUAAGGAAGGAGCAUUUGAUGAAUUCUUUGAGAAACUAAAAGUGAUGGAAGAAGGAAUGAAAGAUUUCUUCCCUGGGGGAAGAUCUAAAAUCUGUGCUGACAAUUUGGGGCUUUUAGAUAUAAUAAUUGUGUGUUCACUUAGUACAUAUAAGGCAGCAGAAGAAGUACUUGGAAUGAAAAUCUUGGACCCUGAAAAGAAUCCAUUUGUAUAUUCAUGGGUGACCACUCUGCUUGAGCUGCCCUUGGUGAAAGAAAUUCUGCCUCCACAUGACAAGGUUGUUUCAAGACUUGAGUUUAUUAACCAAAAUGGCUUCACGUUUCAAUCCAAUAUUUGAAAUCGUCU